CUAUUCUUUUAUGAAAUAAUUUUUAAGAUUUUAUUGAAUCACCUAUGUAUUUACGUUAUUAAGUUUGCAAUCAUGUCGGGUAAAGGAAAACAAAGCUCCAAGAAAGCUAUUGUCAAAGUGCGAGAAUCUGGGAAGUCUUCGACACUUGUACAAUCUUCAACACUGAAUUCAGACACAAGCUCAGAAAGCACAGAUACUACAAUGUCAUUACCAAUAUUAAAAAUUGCUGACAACACCCGGCUUCUUCCAAGAUACACCAGCAUUCUACAACGUAGCACAGAAGAAGGUGUAGGUAUGGAAGACCUGGACACAUUACAACUAGAGUUGGAAAUGCUACUUUCGUCUGUAGUUGUUAGACAUCGCAUGCUUCAAGAAGAGAUAGCAAAUUUAUCUUCUGCGGAAGAACGUAGAGACAAAAGGUCUAAAAGUGGGAAAGGUCUUUCACUUUUGGAUAAAAAAGUUAGAGAAGAGAAAUUCAAACCAAAAGAAGUCAAUACAAAAACUCAGUCACCUCUACCUGCAAAACUCUUUAAGCAGAAAGCUGUUGCUAGUACGAAUUCUCAAGUCAUUCCAAAUGUACAUGAAAUAUCAAGAAUUGAAGGUUCCAAAUCGGAAUCGCCAAAGUUACUCUUACCAAAAAAUGAUACGCCUAAUAAGUUCUGGGCAUCCGUCGAUCCAUAUUGUACGGAUAUUACGCCCGAUGACAUUAAAUUAUUAGAAGAAUUAAUUGCAACUCAUAGCGACGUUAGCGACUAUAAAAAAAUUCCUCCAUUAGGUCGUCAUUACAGCUUAAUGUGGGCACACAAUGACUUGUUGCAAGAAGAGGAUGCAGCUAAUCCAAAUAGGGAAAAGAAAAAAAAUCGUUCAGAUGUAUCCCUUUUAGUGGCAAAAAAUGAUAGAAAGGCUCAUAGUAUAGCAGGACCUCUUACACAAAGAUUAGUUUCUGCUUUACUGGAAGAAAAUGUAUAUGUAGCAAAUAAUAACACAGACAAUAAGCUGUUCAGGGAUAGCGACCCUCCAGUUUUAAGAGAUCUUACUAUUCAAAACUCUAUUAAUUUAGAAUUAAGAAUGCAUAAAGAACUUGUAGAACAAGGAAUUUUAGAACCAGAUGCACAAAAAAAAUGCCAGGAAGACGAUGAAAUUUUAGCAGAAAUUAAGAGGUGUCAGCAAGAGCUUAAUGCACUUUCCAAUCAUAAUGUUACACAAUUGAAAAGAUUGCUGAACUUAGCUCAAGAAGAAAGCAAACGACAGGCAUUAAAAAGAAAAAUCAGCACUGCUGACAAUGAAGUAAUAGAACAUUACAAGAAACUUAUGUUGUCGAAACAAAGAAAAAUACCACUAACAAAGAAGGAACAAGAAAAGGCAUGGGCAUGUCUUAGAGAACGAGAAAAUUUGCUAGACCAGUUAAAUAUGUUACCACAUAAUAAUAUAGGAGAACCUAUAAGCUUUGGCACUACUACAAAUUAAUUUAAAUUUUUUACUAUAAUUGUGUAUUAUGAUGAAGCUAUGUACAGAAAUGUAAUAACAUCAGUCUAAUUUUCGAGGAAAAUAGUGUACUUCAUUCGCGUAAUAAUAAUUACAGUAACACUAAUUGCUGAUUUUCCUUAAAUAGGAAGAACUUACUGAAUAUAUUAAAGUGAUAGUAUUACAAAUGUAUAAAUUAUCAAAUAUAAAAUUCUAAAUAGUAUUCAUUGCAUUUAUUUUACUCACACAUAUUUAAUGCAUAAAACUUAUAACACAAUUGCUAUCUUGGUUCUGCAAAGUAAAUACUGUAAUUAUUGUGAAGUUAGUAUGCAAUUCAUUGAUUUAUACUUCUACAUUUUUUGACCAUUGUUACUAAACUUGUUUCAUAAUCAAUAAAUAUAUAAUUUAAACUACGAACGUGACUUAUUCUUUACUGAAAUUUGAAAUAUGCAAGUGCAACUAAACUAUGGAUGAAAAAUAAUAGACCCAAAUUUCAUUUCACUUUACUUUUAUUUAACUUACAAUAUCAUGCCGACAGUAUUCAUUGAAAUUAUAAUAUUAAAAAGGUACGUAACUCUAAUCUUGGAAACAGUCAUAACUUUAUAAAUAUUUUUAUUAGUUAUAACUAUAAAUUUUCAAUCGGAAUCAGCUUCACAUCGGGAACAUAUUAAAAAGAAAUAAUCAAUAACCUAAGGAAAAGGUUGUUCGAAAAGAAUCAUUUAUACGAUGAAUAAUAAUUUCACGACAAAGUGUUUAUUCGGUAUCACUGUACAGUUUUUUUCGUCCAAAGUUACCUCAACAACGUGCGCGAUGGCACAACAAUGACGAACCAUUCGGGUAACAAAAAUGUUCGAUGUGUACUACUCCUUAUAUUGUUAAUAUUAAGGUGAUGGAUAUACAUACGUGUGUAUAUAUAUAUAAUAUGGGUCUGCAGGCGAGGCUGUUGUUUUUAAUAAACUUUUUUUAUAUGAAUGUUCUUAUUCGACCAAUACACUGAAUUCCAUUAUUUUAUAAUGUGAGUUUUACGCUACAUGAGACAGUAGACCAUGAAAUAAUUACAAAUCGAUCGAAAGG